UCUAAAAAAGACAGAUAGAUUUAAGAAGAAGACAAAAUCUUUACCACCAGAUCCUACUCAUCUAACAGGUUGUCACAUCACUAUAAGUCACCGAAACUUUCGGCUACUAAAAAAGUUUCUUCACAAAACAAUAACAUAAUUUUCUCCGAUGAGGUGUAAAAGACACACCGUCGAUUCCACCAGCAACGUCGGCGUCUGCUCUUCUUGUCUCCGUGAACGUCUCCUUUCCCUCGCCGCUUACGCCGCCGCCGAAGAUAGCAACAACGCCAAUCGUCAAUCGCAAAAAUCUAACAAACCACCUCCGCUUCUGAUCUUCCCUCGCUCUGUUUCUCCUUACGUAACCUGUAGAAAAUCCGACGCCGGAGGGAGAGAUCGCCGGUUCCUCGCCGCGCCUCAGGUGGAUCUCGGAUUCUCAUGCAAGGACUUCGAGUCGAACCGAUCCUCUAAAUCGAGAGGAGGUAAGGUUUCAAGAAUCACUAAUCUAUUCAGCGCGAGAUCUGAAGAUUACGGUUCGGAGUCUUCUUCUUCGUCGUCGUUGUCAUGGUUAUCGUCCAUUCUCUCCACCGGUCGUUCCAAGAAGCAACAUGCGUGUUACAUCGAGGACGUGAUCGCCGGUCAUCGUCGACCUCAAAGAGUGUUCUGUCGAGGAAUGUCUCCUGCGCGAGAUGAAAAUGAACCACCGUCUGAAUCAGUUGAGGAAACGCCGGGGAGAUCAAGAAGAAUGCCGGCGAUGAAAACUCCGGGAAGUAGGAAGAUUGCGACGGGGAUGAGGUUCUGCUUGAGUCAGUUGGUGAGAGCUAAGCCUCACUGUCCUUUUAACAAGAAAACCAGAUUUCCAUCUGAAGUUGUCGGAAAUUCAGGCGAGGUAUCGGUGUUGGAAAAGCCACACAUCUCUGUAGCGGCGUCGUUUUGCGCGAAUAGAUCGAAGAAGCUCGUGGAUUUAGGUAGAGUUCAUCACCGCCGUUGAGUUUUUUUCGGUGGAGAAGUUUGGUCAAUGUUUGACUUAGUAGUGCCAAUAGUAGAUUUACGUAUGUACACUCGUGACUCCUAAAGAUUCAUGGAUUGUUUCCAAAUUCAAGCUGUUUAUAUUUGGCUUGUGGUGUGAUUGGUGAAUAAUCAGAAAGAAAGUAGUUAAAAAUACUUUUGGAUUUCUUUUAUUUUGUAAUGUAAUUUUCUUUCAUAUUUUUAUUUUGUAGAUGGGGCAAAGUCUUGUUCGUGGGUUACUAGGAAAAGCAAUGUAGUGUCAUUUUAUGUUUUCUUAUGAAAAUGCUAUUAUUGGGUGUA